AUGGCUCAAAUGAUCCACGCAGCUCCUGUGGAAGUCACUUACAAGAACAUGAGAUUUCUUAUUACACACAAUCCAACAAAUGUGACCUUAAACAAAUUUAUAGAGGACCUUAAGAAGCAUGGAAUUACCACAAUAGUAAGAGUAUGUGAAGCAACUUAUGACAUUACUGUCGUGGAGAAAGAAGGCAUCCAUGUUCUCGACUGGCCUUUUGAUGAUGGCACACCACCAUCUAACCAGAUUGUUGAUGAUUGGUUAAGUCUUGUGAAAAUUAAGUUCCAUGAAGACCCUGGUUGUUGUAUUGCCGUUCAUUGUGUUGCAGGCCUUGGGAGAGCUCCAUUCAUAAGACAAAAGCGGCUUGGAGCUUUGAAGAGCAAGCAACUUUUGUAUUUGGAGAAGUAUCGUCCUAAAAUGUGGCUGUGCUUCAAAGACUCCAGUGGUCAUAGAAACAACUGUUGCCUUCAGUAA